UGUGCUAUCUUCAUUUUGGAGGAUUCUCCAGAGUUUUGGGGAUGCAGAGCAAAAUUGCUUCUUUACAGAAAAGGAAUGUUUGGACUGAAAAUGAAGAAGAAAAAGAAGAAAGAGGAGAAGGGGUUGAUUCUAGCAAAUAAAGGUGCACAAGAAGGACAUGGAGAAAUUGCAUCCCUUGAAGAGGGAUCUUCUACACAAAAAGGACAAGAUGCUCACCUCAUGCAAGAUGGCACUUUCUCUCUUCCAACAUCCUCAGCCCCUCUGAAGAGAAGAUCUAAAUUGGUGACAAAGAUCCAUGAUGGUGAAGCCAAAUCCCAAAGUUAUCAAAUUGCCAUAACCAUCACUGAAGCCCGACAACUGGUGGGAGAAAACAUCGAUCCAGUGGUCAUCAUUGAGAUUGGGGAUGAGAAGAAGCAAACAACAGUCAAAGAAGGAACAAAUAGCCCCUUUUACAAUGAAUAUUUCGUGUUCGACUUCAUCGGGCCCCAAGUGCAUCUUUUUGACAAAAUCAUCAAAAUCUCAGUCAUGCACAACAAACUCAUAGGAAGUCUGCUGAUAGGAUCCUUUAAAGUAGAUCUGGGAACGGUUUACAACCAGCCAGGUCACCAGUUUUGUGAUAAGUGGGCCCUUCUCACAGACCCAACUAAUAUCAGGAUGGGCACCAAGGGGUAUCUGAAAUGUGAUAUCAGCGUGGCUGGGAAAGGAGACAUCCUGCAGGCCAGUCCUAAAACAUCUGAUGCUGAAGAACAGAUAGAAAAGAACCUUUUGAUCCCCCAAGGAUUCCCCUCUGAGAGACCCUGGGCCAGAUUCUAUGUGAGACUCUUUCGAGCAGAGGGCCUGCCCAAAAUGAACUCUAGCAUCAUGGCCAACGUCACCAAAGCAUUCGUGGGGGACGGCAAAGACCUGGUGGAUCCCUUUGUGGAGGUCACGUUUGCAGGCCAGAUGGGGAGGACUACAGUAAAGAAAAAUUGUGCAGAUCCUGUGUGGCACGAACAGAUCAUCUUCAAAGAAAUGUUCCCUCCCUUGUGUAGAAGAGUUAAAAUCCAGGUGUGGGAUGAAGGCAGCAUGAAUGACGUGGCCUUGGCAACACACUUCAUUGAGCUGAAGAAAAUCUCUAAUGAGCAGGAUGGAGAUAAAGGUUUCCUGCCCACCUUUGGACCUGCUUGGAUUAACCUGUAUGGCUCUCCCCGGAACCAUAGCCUGAUGGACGAUUACCAGGAACUGAAUGAAGGCUUUGGAGAAGGGGUCUCGUUUAGGGGCCGCAUCCUGGUGGAAGUUGCUGUGGAAAUCCUCUCAGGUGGGGCACAGGAGUCCAAAUUUUCAAAGACCCUGAAGAACCUCAAGUUGUCUAAAGACAAGACUCCCAAAGGCUCGGGGAAGGGCCAGAUGGACAAAGCUGAGGAUGGAAAAACCCACCCGCCUUCAGAUAAGACAAAUUCAAUGGAGGCCGAAGUAGAGUCCUUCGAAGUACCGCCUGAGAUUGUACCAGAAAAAUAUGAAGAUUUCCUACUCUUUGGAGCAUUUUUUGAAGCUACCAUGAUUGACAGGAAAAUUGGAGACAAACCUAUCAGCUUUGAGGUUUCUAUAGGUAACUUUGGAAAUCUGAUUGAUGGAGGUUCUCACCGUAGGAGUAAGAGGAAAUCUUCAGAAACAUCAGAAGAGGAGAAUGUGCCUCUGCUUCAGGAAGGCAGGGCUGACUCUGCCCAUGGCAUUGCCAUCCCUUCCAUGUCCACCACACAACCUGAGAAGCCCCUGGUGACAGAAGGGAACAGGAAUUAUCAUUACUUGCCAUUUGAGGCCAAGAAGCCAUGUGUCUACUUCAUGAGCUCAUGGGGAGAUCAGACCUUCAGGCUCUAUUGGUCCAAUAUGCUGGAAAAAAUGGCUGACAGCCUAGAAGAAAGUAUAGAAGAAGUCAAAGAACUGAUCAAAGUUUCAGAGGAGGAGUCAGAAGAGAAAAUAAAGGCUGCUCUCAACUACUUUAUCAGUCAAAGCAGUGUCUUCAUCUCUGAAGCGGAAAAGAAACCCAAAAUGUUGAACCAGACUACUUUGGACAAGAAACGACUCGAGCUAUGUUGGCAAGAACUGGAGGCAAUGGCCACUAAUGCAAAAGGACUUGUCCAGCAGCAAAAGAAGAAGAUGUCUAUAGAUGAAUUGAUUAAUGAAGCCCAGAACUUUGUGGACAAAAUCCGGUUCUUGGUUGACGAGCCACAACACACCAUCCCCGAUGUCUUCAUUUGGAUGCUCAGCAGCAACAAACGAGUGGCCUAUGCCCGGAUUUCAUCCAAAGACCUGCUCUAUUCCCCUUCCAGUGAACAAAGGGGGAAACACUGUGGGAUGCUCCAAACUCAUUUUCUGAAACUUCCAGGACGACGUCUGACAGGUUGGACUGUGCAAGGAAAAGUGGAUGCAUACCUCUGGCUGGGGUCUGUCAAGUACUCCAAUACUAUUUUGGACAACUUGCCUAUUGGAUAUGAAGCUGAGACAUUAACCAAAGCCAGUGGUACCAGUUACCCCCCCGCCAGCCUGACUUACCAAGCCCAGCACAUCUUCCAGCUAAGAGCACACAUGUACCAGGCCAGGGGACUCAUAGCUGCUGAUAGCACUGGACUCUCCGAUCCCUUUGCCAAAGUCACCUUUCUUUCACACUGCCAGACCACAAAGGUGAUUUCACAGACCCUGUCCCCCACCUGGAACCAGAUGUUGCUGUUCAACAACAUUGUGCUUUAUGGGGACCAGAAGGAAGUGGCUGAAUCCCCGCCUCUGGUCGUGGUGGAGCUCUAUGACAGCGAUGCUGUGGGGAAACCAGAAUACUUGGGCUCUACUAUGGCUGCUCCCAUUGUGAAGCUUGUGGACCAUGAGUAUGAACCACCCAGACUUUCCUACCACCCAAUUUUUUGUGGCCAUCUUGAUGGAGGGGACCUUCUAGUGUUUGAACUUUUGCAAGUUCCUUCCUCAGGCCCACAAGAUCUUCCUCCCGUUGACCCACCCGAUGUCGCCCAGAUCUAUCCAGUGCCUGCCAAUAUUCGUCCUGUGCUGAGUACAUACAGAGUAGAGGUUCUCUUCUGGGGUGUUCGAGAAAUGAAGAAAGUGCAUCUCCUCUCAGUGGAUCGCCCUCAGGUGCUCAUAGAGUGUGCUGGGAGAGGAGUGAAAUCCUGUGUGAUCCAGAGCUACAAGAACAAUCCUAACUUCAAUGUCCAAGUGGAUUGGUUUGAAGUGGAACUGCCUGAGGAUGAGCUCCUCCACCCACCUCUGAGCAUCUGUGUGGUGGACUGGAGGGCUUUUGGGAGGAGCACUCUUGUGGGUACCUGCACUAUCAACUGCCUCAAGCAAUUUCUGUGCAAACCUGGGGAGCUCCCAGCCUUGGUCUCUGAGGUAGAUGCAGCCCAGCAAGUUCAAGCUGUACCUAACUCAGCAGCAGAGCCAGAACCUUCUGAGUUACUGAUCUCAUCCCGGGACCCCCCACCAGAUCAUAUCUUUGUGCAGGUUGAGCCGCCACCCACUGUUGUACCAGACACAGCCCAGGUUCAGACUGCCAGCAUAGCUCUCUAUGACAUCCCUGACUCCUCACCGAUGCUGGGGCCAGAAACGAAGCCUGCCACGCCUGAGCUACCCAAGGAGGAAAAAGUAAAGGCUGCCAGCAAACCUUCUAGGAGAUCCACCAAAAGGAGAAAGAGGACCAUAGCAGAUGAGUCUGCAGAAAACGUUAUUGAUUGGUGGUCCAAGUAUUAUGCCUCCAUGAAGAAAGCAUCGAAGGAAAAAGAAAUAAAAGACAACAAAGAUGAGGUGGUAGUGACUAUAGAAGACAUGCCAAAGAAGAAGAAAGAUAAAAUACUCAAGAAGAAACCAAAGGAAGAAAACAUACCAAACCUAGCCACCCUGAAGAUAUAUGAUGGAGAUCUGGAGAGUGAAUUUAACAAUUUUGAAGACUGGGUAAAAACCUUUGAGCUCUGCAGAGGCAAGUCCACAGAAGAUGAUCAUUGUAUCGAUGGAGACAGAAUAAUCGGGAAAUUCAAGGGCUCCUUCUGCAUUUACAAAAGUCCAGAAGAUCCCAGCCUAGAGGAUGGAGAGCAGCUUCGAAUCCAGCAGGGGAUUCCACCCAACCACUCUAUCAAUGUCCUGAUCAGGGUGUAUAUUGUUGCUGCAUUUAACCUCAGCCCAGCUGAUCCAGAUGGUAAAUCUGAUCCCUAUAUUGUACUAAACCUUGGCAAAACUGAAAUUAAGGACCGGGACAAAUAUAUUCCCAAACAACUUAACCCAGUAUUUGGAAGAUCAUUUGAGAUUCAGGCUACAUUUCCUAAAGAGACUCUGCUCACAGUCCGCAUAUAUGACCAUGACAUGAUUGGGUCAGAUGACCUCAUUGGAGAGACCAAAAUCGACCUGGAGAACCGAUUCUACAGUAAGCACCGAGCAAUCUGUGGCUUACAGAGCCAGUAUGAGAUAGAAGGUUACAAUGCCUGGAGGGACACAUCGAAACCCACUGAAAUACUCACCAAGCUCUGCAAAGACAACAAGCUGACUGGCCCUUACUUUCGACCUGGGGAGAUCCAGGUUGGAAACCAGGUGUUCUCUGGGAAAACAGUCUUCACCGAGGAGGGCACUGAUGAGACAGUUGCAUCUUAUGAACACUUGGCACUUAACGUUUUACAUUCCUGGGAUAAAAUCCCAGAGGUUGGAUAUAAGCUCGUUCCAGAACACAUAGAAACGCGACCUCUGUAUCACAAGGAUAAGCCAGGAAUGGAACAGGGUCGCCUGCAGAUGUGGGUAGACAUGUUUUCCAAAGAUAUGCCCCAGCCUGGACCACCUGUUGACAUCUCCCCAAGGAAGCCAAAAGGUUAUGAAUUGAGAGUAAUAAUCUGGAAUACGGAAGAUGUCAUUUUGGAGGAUGAAAAUAUCUUCACGGGACAAAAAUCUAGUGACAUUUAUGUUAAAGGAUGGUUAAAAGGCAUGGAAGAUGACAAGCAGGAGACCGACGUCCAUUAUAACUCUCUGACCGGAGAAGGCAACUUCAACUGGAGGUUCCUGUUUCCAUUUCAGUAUCUCCCUGCUGAGAAACAACUGGUCAUCUCCAAAAGAGAAAACAUCUUUUCCUUAGAAAAGACGGAGAGGAAAAUUCCAGCUGACCUUAUUCUCCAAGUGUGGGAUUUUGAAAGGCUCUCUUCUGAUGACUUCCUGGGCUCUCUAGAGAUGAACCUCAAUGGCUUCCCUCGAGGAGCAAAAUCUGCCAAGGCCUGUGAUCUUCCCAAAUCUGGCAACUUGAGUGAGGAAAACAAGAUCUCAAUAUUCCAGCAAAAGCGGGUGAGGGGCUGGUGGCCUUUCGUCAAAGCUGGAGAGCUUACUGGUAAAGUAGAAGCCGAGUUCCAUUUAGUCACUGCUGAGGAAGCUGAAAAAAACCCUGUUGGCAAAGCUCGGAAAGAACCAGAGCCCCUGGAUAAACCCAACCGCCCAGACACCUCCUUCUCCUGGUUCCUGAGCCCCUUCAAGUGCCUGUACCACCUCAUCUGGAGGAAUUACAAGAAGUACAUAAUCAUUGCCUUCAUUCUGAUCAUCCUUAUUGUCUUCCUGGUGCUUUUCAUCUACACGAUGCCUGGAGCCAUCAGCCGCAGGAUCGUUGUAGGCUCAUAGAGGACUGGAUCUUUAUUUUUUUCAUUCAUGAGCUUCAUCACCAUCAACAAAUAUCUAUCGAGCACCUGCUAGAGGCAGAGCACGGUGAUGGGGGGAGGAGUAAUACAAAGAUAAAUAAGGUAUGGCCUAAUGGAAAAUUAAGCACAAAUCAGUAAAGGCUAAAGAAAAGAAACUGUCCUGUCCUCUACAGCCACAUGCACCCCUGCUUCCCAAACUGAAUGUCUUCUAAAACCUUGCCCACUGCCGAGAUUAAAUGAUGACUGCUAUUCUCAGUAUACCCCAUAGAGGCUUUCCUUCAUUAGAAUUAACUUACCUUUUGGACUAAAUGUGUAUUUUGCCUCAAUCUGGGAGACUUAAGUUAAUGUUCGAGAUUUUAAUAUGAAUAUAUUUUCUGGUUCCGCUGAGAAUUAUGACAGAAGAACUGAGUUACUUCUAAGUGAGUAACUUAGCCCCUAUCCUGUACCUUAUGGGUAUGUUGUACAGACUUUUAAUGGUUUACAGAAGCAUUCAUUAUUUUAUAUAUUAGUAUAAUAUUAUAUUACAUAAUGUUAUAUAUUAUUAUUUUGUGAGUAAGGAAACUUGAGGCUCAGACAGAAAAAGUCACUUAGCCAAGAUGACAUACCUGGGAAGUGAUGGAGCCAGGUCUUCUGACUUCUAGUUUAACCCUCUUACCAGUCCCUAGGCUUUGCUAUCUUCUUCUUAACAUUUGAAUAAUUAGUUCAAGGCAUGUUGUAGUGGUCUGUCCGUAUCAGCUUCACUUUGACUUUGUGAGCCAACAUAUCAGACAAGACAAUGGGCUCUGGCAAGUCCCAGAAGUUGAGUCAAGGGCACACUCACUUGCUAAUGCUUCAAAAACAUUGUUCUAUUGGGUAAAGGUAAAAAGUGCUAUUCUCUAUGAAUGCAGUUCUCCCUAGGAUCUGAUCCCACCACUCCUGAAAUGUGAGUAGCACAGUAGAGGUUGUUGAAGCUUAGAACCCUUGGAAAAUACCUGUAUGCCCUUCAGUUCCUUCAUCCCUGAUGCAAGGCAGCCCCAAGAGUGACAGCCAACGUAAGCCUUUUUUAUGACAAGCACAAUGAAUCAACUGUAACAGAGCUGAGAUUCAAACCUCUGAUCCCAAAUCUGUCACACUUUCCAUUGUGGUAUUUUGGAGUAAGGCAAAAAAGCCUCAAAAACAGUAGAGCAACUCCAAACAGAAGCCUGAGAUUGAGUUCACAUAGUACCUUGAUAAGUCAAUAAGCAACUGUUAGGUGCCAGGCACUGUGCAAAGUGCUAGGAAUACAAAUAAAUAAAAAUUAAGGCAAUCUCUGCCCUCAAAGAGCUUACAACAUAAUGGGGGGAGACAAGACCCAAACCAAAGCUGAAAAGCGGAGAGUGGAGGGAGAAGGUACCUGGUGUGAGGGAAUGAUAGAACAAUCCAAAGAACUCCAAAAGGAGUGCAACUGGUGGGAACUGAUUAGAAGGAUAUGCUGGGACCUCUCCUCAAAUGGAGGUUUUAGAGCUCAUUCCCUCAGCCCUCUAAGUCAGAGAGUAUGGUCCCUCAUAGACCUCCCUAGUCUUUAUCAGCAAGGUUGCCUGGGACUGUUACACAUGUAGAAAACCUCAGAAAUAGCUUCAACACAGUGUGAAGUUACAGGCUUCUCGUGAAAGUGAACACUUGGCAAGAUUUAGUCAGCAACUUUUAUUGGUCUAUGUGGUAUCAGAAUUUCUGAAUGAACUGACUCCCAAAGUUGCCAUUUUUCCUUGGGCACCAUAAUAAUAACUAACACUGACAAAGCAGCUUUAAGGUUGACAAAGCACAUCACAUAUAUUCAUUCACUGGAUCUUCACAACAACCCUGGGAGGCAGGUGCUGUUAUUAUUCCCAUUUUACAGAUGAAGAAACUGAGGCUGGCAGGUUGACCUAUUUGCUCUAGGGUCUCACAACUGUUAAUUGUCUGAGUCAGGAUUCAAACUCAAGCCCUCCUGAAUCCAUAUCCCAUGCUCUAUCUACUAAAUUGUCUAGCUUCUUCCUCAAGUAUCAUGGUACAUUCCAGUUUUACAUCAUGAUACAGUGUGUGUUUUUGUCUUUUUCUUGGGUUGUCAUGACCCCCCCCAAGUUAAUCAUCUUCCUGGGACCAAUCUUCUGGUGUUGGGUCUUUUCAUGAGCAAUGGGUGGGUAAUCUAUCAUGGGUUCUGUCCUUGAAGCCUUUACUGCUUGGGAGGACCUGCCAGAGACUGAUUCUCUGAUACGUCCUUGAAGGAUCCAGGGUCAACUCCAAGCCACAAUCAUGAGUCAGGAUUUGGGAGAUGAUGUUGAUUCAAAAUAAUUUUAAAAUUUCAGAGUUAUACAGGAAAUUCUUAAGCAUUUGUCUCAACUAAAAAAAUAUUGUCUGAAAGUUGUUUUUUUCAAUUACACUAGCAACAGAUAUUCUUACUAAUCAGAGAGAUAUGAGGGAAUCAAGUAAGCAAGGCUCACUUUCAGCUGGGAAGAUCAGAAAAGAGGAGGCAAUAUUGGAGUCAGUUUUUGAAGAAAGGUAAGGGAAAUAGGAAGGGAAGUGAGAAUCCCCUGCAGACAUGGAAUGAGCUUGUGUCUAGCCUGUGCAAAAACAGAUGCAGGUAGGGUAUGACUAGAUCAGUGGACAAGGCCUAUUUGAUGGGAAUGUGGGCUCUGGGCUCCAUAAAGAGGAGCGUCAUGAUGUGAAAUUGGAUUGGGAAAGUAGUUUUGUCCCAGAUUGUGAAGAGUUUUGAAUGUCAGAUUAAGAAAUUUAUACUUUGCCCUAUAGACAAUGGGGAACUACUGAAGAGUAGUUGAACUGAACUUCUGAACUUCUGCAGAGCAAUGCAUAAGACCCUGGCAGAGAGCAGGACAUUUACUGUUUCUUUGCUGUUAUUAUCAAGAGAUGCUAUUUACUAUUUGGGGUGCCAGAGGGGGCAGGUAGGGCUUUCUAAUUUAUCCACAAACCCUGAAAUGACACUGAACUGCAUGAAGGACUCCAGACAAUAUAGUGACUUUGGAUGUGCCUUAUGGCUGACAGCCAUCUUGAUGAGGAAAAAAGGCAUAACUUAAGGAUGAAUUGUGAGUUAAUUUUAUUUUCUACUAGCCCCUGCAGGAGCAAGUAACAUUUCAUGUCCUGACAAAAUAAUGUAUAUUACAUCUUAUUUAAAUCCAUAAUGGCAGUCAAGCAAGAAUGUCAAGUUCUCCCACAAGUUGGUGAAAGAACAUAUACACCAAACUCUGUUGAAUGUAAAAAGAUGAGAAAAUGUCAGCAAGGCCUAAAUGGGGAGUUCUUCAAAGAUUUUUACAUUAGGAAGAGAAAAGAAAGAAAGUGGAAGGGGCAGUUAGGUGGCGCAGUGGAUAGAGCACCAGCC